CGGGGCCGGGCGGCAGCAGCAGUGGCAGCAGCAGCAGAAGUCAGUCGGUCCUGUGGUACUUCGGAGUUACCACUAGCAGCCAGUAGUACCAGUCGGAGUACUUGUAUGUUUCUGUGCCGUCGUGUGUUACUUUCUGGCCGUUAACGGGAGCUGAGCGUGUCGUCGUUAGUGUGAUGGAACUGGACAAAAUGGACGAGAACGACUGGAAGUAUCACGGAGAGGGGAACAAGAGCCUGGUGGUCUCACACGUACAGCUUUCCAGAGUUCUACGCCUGCUCAAGUAUCCGGCCGAGAACUCUGAAAAUCCACCACAGACGGUGGAACAGGCCUUCCGGCAGAUCCAGAACAUUGUUGACUUCAGCUCCAAUGUGAUGAGCAGCCUGCUGGGAGAGAAGUUCAUCCACAGUGGGGAAGUGGUCAAACUGCCGCUGGAGUUUGUACGACAACUGUCAAUCAAAGUUCAACAUCAAAGACCUGCCUGGCGCUGUGAUAAGGUGAUGGACAUCUACAGCGGCUGUGCUCUCUGUUUGCCCAACCUGACAUCUCCAGCACUCCACCCAUCAACACACACUCCUCCACUCUGCAUCGAGAUCAAGCCUAAAUGUGGUUUCCUGCCGUCCUCCAAACAUGUCAGCAAAGACAUCAAGACCAAAGUGUGUCGCUUCUGCAUGCACCAACACUACAAGGUGGCCAAUGGGAAGUGGAAGAGACGCAGUCUGUACUGUCCUCUAGACCUGUUCUCAGGGAACAGACAGAGAAUGCACUUUGCCAUCAGACACCUGAUAGAAGAACCUCAGAACAACUUCAAAAUCUUCAAGGGCGGUCAGUGUAUCUACAGCAGUAAGGAGGGCAGUGACGACUCCUUGGACCUGAACUCUCUGCUGCAUCAUCUCAGACCGUACUUCCUGUACGGAAACAACCGAAUCAACAGUCACAUGACCAGCAAAGCUGUCCUGAACGACUUCAUCCAGGUCCUGGUGAACGCCCUGCUGAGUGGUGGAGGAGGGGAUGGAGGGGUGGUGACAGACAGACGAGGAGAAGGGCGGAGCUUCUGUGAAGCGAGUCUGUUCAACAAGGAGAGAAUUCGCCACGGCUCUCAGGGUUUACCCAGCGACAGUGUUUUGUUCAGGAUUCUUCAGACUCAGAUGUUGGACACACUGGACAUUGAGGGACUUUACCCUUUGUACCGCUGUGUGGAGCAACACCUGCAGGACUUCCCCAAGGAGAGAACUCGUCUUCAGAUGGACGGGCCGUACAACGAGGCCUUCCUGGAGAAGCUGCAGAAAUGUCCGACUGAGGAUGACGGCUCUGUGGAAUACGCUGUUGCCAAGGUCCACCAGUACCGCGUCGCCAUGACAGCCAAGGACUGCUCCAUCAUGGUCGCCCUGGUGCCCAGCAGUGAGGAAGAAGAGGACGAUGAAGGUCUCUCCAGUCAGAGGCGGCUCAGGGACUUCCUCUCCUCCAGACCUCCUGCUUUCUCUUACUCAGUCUCCAUUUUGGAUCUGGACCCGAAACCGUUUGACAGCAUCCCCCGCCAGCUGCGCCUGGACCAGAAGAUCGUCUCUUGCUACCUGAGGACUGGUGGAACCUUGCCAAAGGGCUCUCUGCCGCCACUCUCUGGCAUCUUCACAGCUGCAGAGAGAGAGGACUGCACGCUGCUCUUUCACCCCGUGUGAACACCUAACAAGAGCCGGAUGACCCUAAGGACGAAGACUGAUGCCACGCUGAUGCCUCAAACGGAGUCGCCAUGUUGAUGCAGAGGUCGAGAAUCACUUCAGACCAAAGCUGUUGAUGGGAGACUUCACUGCAG